AUGAAUAGUAUGAUGUCGAUGAUGAUGAUGUCAUCAGCUACAUCACAAUAUCAUCCUCAUCCACUUGCUUCAUCGGCAGCAUCAUCAAUGUUUGAUAUGAUGUCUAAAUCAACAACAACAACAACAACAACAACUGCGAAUAAUCAUUAUAAUCAUCAAUCAACUUCUACUACUCCUACAACAUUAUUAUCAUCAUCACCAUCAUUACCAAUAAUGAAACAGAUAUUAGAACAAUGUAUACUAGACAGUUUAAAUAAUCAUCAACCAACCAACGCAAUGUUUUUGGCAGAGAGACUGUGUGCAUUGGAACCAUCACCAUCAAACUACUACACAUUGGCAUCUAUCUAUUAUCGAUUGGGUAAACCAAAACAAUGCUACAAUCUAUUACUUUUACAUGAUUCUAGUAGUAGUAAUAUAUCAUUAUCGCCUUCAUCCGCUUCAUCCUCUUCAUCCUUCCCCACCUCUGUCAAUAUUAAACAAUUACUAGGACAAUGUUGUUAUGAUUUGGAUAAAUUACUUGAGGCUGAAAUAUAUCUUAAAGAAUGUUGUGAUAUCAUUGAUGAUCAUAAUCAACUUGUUGAACAACAACAACAACAACAACAAAAUAAUAAUAAUAACAAUACCAACAACAAUAUCUCACCAUGUACAAUUGCAUCGAUUUAUUAUUUACUUGCAAUGACAUAUAAAAAGAAUAAUCAAAAGGUCAAGACUGUCGAAUACUUGAAAAAGAGUGUAUUGGCCUACCCAUAUCUAUGGAUAGCAUAUGAGCAAUUAUGUAACAUGGGUCAAGACAUUAAUCCUUCCCAAUUCUUUUAUUUUCAACCUUCUCUAUAUCAACAACAACAAAAUAAUAUUGGAUCAGCUGGAAAUAUUAAUAUUAAUCAAAAUAAUAAUAAUAGAGAUAAUAAUAAUGAAGAAUUUACUAUUAAUCAUUUAUCAACUAUUCAUAAUAAUAAUAAUAAUUAUAUAAAUUCAAUGUACGCAUCAUCUAUUAUUGAACCUCCAUCACCAUUUCCAACAACAUCUUCAUCGAUACCAUUAAAUUUAAAUAGUCCCAUUUCAAAUACUUCAACUGCUUCAACUGCCGUUUCAUCAAACAAGACAGUUGUCGCAUCGACUCCAUCAUCCUUUACUCCUCAUACUACUACUAAACCGAGCAAGCACGAAAAGACAACCAAUAACGCAAUGUCUCAAUCUGUAACAUCAGCACCUGUCAAACAACCAAAACAACAUCACCAGAACCAUCAUCACGGCGGCCAACAACAACAUCAUCACAAUCAAACUUUAGCAACACCUGGAGGACCAUACCAACAAUUUUUGGCAACUACACCAACCUCUACCUAUGGUGGUACGUCAUUCUCAUCUUCGAUUGGUGGGAUGGGUGAAUUGAAUUUCAAUGAUAUCCCAAUGACACCUCAAACACCUUCAGUCAUGGCUAUGACUCCAAUUGUACCACCAGCUGUUAAAAAACAACAACAACAACAACAAUCACAACCACAUCAAUAUGCUGCCAACAAUCAUUCUACACCAGCAGUUACACCAGGUCCUCCAAUUGGACUACCACAUGGUAUUUUGAAAAUGUCUAGUAUGCCAGAAUCACCCAUUCCAAUGUCACUUUUACAAACACCUGGAAAUAACAAUAAUAAUAAUAAUAUGACUACAACAACAAACUAUCCAUCGGCAACACCAUCACCUGCAUAUCAUCAUCACCAUCAAAAUCCUUCAAUCAUGGCUGCACCAACUAAACAAAUCUCUGCACCCAUUAAAAAGAAAAAUAAUGAUCUCAACAACAAAAAGAAGGAUAACAAUUUAUCAAUUCCACUAUCAUUGAUGGAACCAGUACUAGAACCACCAAUGAUGGAAAAGAAAAAAUCAAAAAAACAUGUUCAUAUUGGAGGUAUCGAAGAGAUUCUAAUGGAUCAAUAUCAUACUCAAAAACAACCACAACAAUUAUUCAAACCAUUAACUGAAAGUGAUUUAAUUGUUACUUCAAAACCAAAUCAAAAAUCAAACAAUAUUCAAAAUAAUAACAAUAACAAUAAUAAUAAUUACAAUAAUAAUAAUCAAGAACAAAUGAAACAAGCACAUACUGAAUUAUUAAAUUUAUUAUUAAUAUUGGCAAAUUCUUAUAGAUUACUUUGCUUGUAUUCAUGUAAAGAAUCAAUUGAAAGUUUUAAAAAAUUACCAUGGUCACAAUAUAAUACAGGAUGGGUAUUGACAAGAGUAGGAAAAGCAUAUUUUGAAUUGGUAGAAUAUCAUGAGGCCAAUAGAAUUUUUGAACAAAUUCGAUCAUUGGAACCAUAUCGAUUGGAAGGAUCUGAAAUUCAUUCUACCAUUCUUUGGCAUUUAAAGAGAGAAAUUGAAUUAAGUUAUUUGGCUCAUGAAUUAAUUGAAUUUGAUCGUUUAUCACCUCAUGCUUGGUGUGUAGUUGGUAAUUGUUUUUCUUUACAAAAAGAUCAUGAAUCUGCAUUAAAAAUAUUUAAAAGAGCAAUUCAAUUAGAUAAUUCAUUUACAUAUGCAUAUACAUUAUGUGGACAUGAAUAUUUAUCAAAUGAUGAUUUGGAUAAUGCACAAAAUUAUUAUAGGUCAGCAUUAAAGAUUGAUGCUAGACAUUAUAAUGCAUGGUAUGGAUUGGGUUUGAUCUAUUUCCGUUUGGAAAAGUAUGAUUUGGCAGAAUAUCAUUUUAGAAAGGCAUUGACGAUCAAUCCCUUUAGUUCGGUACUCUACUGUCACAUUGGUAUCACGCUACAAGCUAAUCGUAAGCAUUUGGAGGCUUUGAGCAUGUUGCAACAGGCCAUCGACCUCCAACCACGUAAUACAUUGGCCAAAUUCAAAAAGGCAUCGAUUCUAUACCAACUCGGUCAGUACCAAGAGGCAUUGACAGAAUUGGAUCAAUUCAAAGAGUUGGCUCCCAAGGAAACACCCCUCUACAUUCUCAUGGGUAAGAUCUAUAAGAAGCUGGGUCAAUUGGAUAUGGCUCUCAAUUGUCUAACCACUGCCUUGGACAUGGAUAACAAAAAUUCAACCAAUUCAAAUUAUAUUCGUUCCAUUAUUGAUCAUCUAUAUGUUGAUGAUGAUGAUGAUGAAAAUGAUAAUAAAUAA